AAGGGUGAUUUGUCUUUGGGGAGUAUACUCUUAGCUUAGGAGGAGCUCCAGGGAGGAGGGGGUAUAAUGUGGGGAGUUUCGUGGCUUCAAAUACCUAUGCCUCCCGCCCCUCCAUAACCCCUCGUCAUUAGAAUUCGUAGGUUUUGUAUCGCAACAGCUUCUAACCCCCGGAAAAUAUCGCAAGUAUGUCUAAAUACGACCAAUACGAAGGCUUCCAGGUCGAAUCGGCUGCGACCUGGACUGAGUUCCACAAGAACAAGUUCGACACAAAGCCGUUCGGCGACCAUGACGUAGAGAUCAAGAUCGAGUGCUGUGGUGUAUGCGCUAGCGACAUCCAUACCAUUACCGGUGGUUGGGGUUCUCAGCACUUCCCUCUCGCAGUCGGUCACGAAAUCGUUGGCAAGGCAUUGAGGGUAGGCCCCAAGGUUACUCUCAUCAAAGCGGGACAGCGAGUCGGUGUCGGUGCCCAGUCGGGGUCGUGCUUAGAAUGCCGCCAGUGCAAAAACGAUAACGAGACAUACUGUGCUCAACAGUUCGACACAUACGGUGCUGUCUGGCCAGACACAGGCUUAGUGAGCCAAGGUGGCUUUUCGUCCCACGUGAGGACGCACGAACAUUGGGUAUUUCCCAUUCCAGAUGCGAUACCAAGCGCCCUUGCAGCGCCGAUGUUAUGUGCGGGUAUUACUAGUUAUAGUCCGUUAGUACGAAAUGGUGCUGGCCCUGGCAAGAAGGUUGCCGUCGUCGGUCUAGGAGGUUUGGGACACUUUGCAGUUCUCUUCUCCAAAGCCUUGGGCGCCGAGACGUGGGUUAUCUCGCGAUCUCACAGCAAGGAGGCCGACGCUUUGGCAAUGGGUGCCGACGGGUUCCUAGCCACACAAGACAAAGACUGGAACAAGGAUCACAUCAUGACAUUCGACCUAAUAAUUAGCACAGCCAACAACUUCGGCGAAGGGUUCGACUUAAGUGGUUACCUUGCCCUUCUCGAUGUCCAUGGUAGAUGGGUAUCUGUUGGUCUACCAGAAGACUCGACGUUGAAGAUCAAGCCUCAAGACCUCAUUGACAACGGUUGCUUGAUUGGUGCCUCGCAUCUAGGAAGUCGACGUGAGAUGUUGGAGAUGUUACAAUUGGCUGCGGACAAGGGCAUUAAGUCGUGGGUUGAGGAGGUCCCCAUCAGUGCAGAGAAUCUAGGCAAGACGGUGCAAAAGCUUCGAAAGAGCGACGUCCGAUAUCGAUUCACCAUGACCGAGUACGACAAGGAAUUCGGCGAAUAAAAAGGGAAAUUAGCUUGGAUAGAUAGAAUUGGGCUUUUCCUGGUACAAUUAGUCAGUAACCCUCUGUAACUAUUCCGGAGUCUCGGGGGAUCCCAUAAUAGAAGGUGAAUUCAUUGUAAUAAAACAUCAUGCUACAUACGGGGUUCGUUCGUGAAAUACCUGAGGCAGAACCUGACCAAGAAAAUGAUUUAAGAAUGAAGGUUUAGAAAGGAGGGGAAUUUGAGAGGUGUGUCCUGGUAGUUGGUAAGGUGAGUUAUAGUUUGGUGUGACCCUAUAUGUACGGGAAGGCACAAUACACCCAACAGAGCAGCAUAUGCAGCAGUCUUAGGACAU